CCAACACCACCGCAAUAGUUUUCCCGCAUGACACUUUUCAUGCCCGCGAUAUCUGGCAUAUAAUUGAUUUCACUGAGUCUUUGCCAGCAACACCACUCCGAACAAGCCAUCGACGCGUCGCAUACCCCUCGAGACUUGUGGUGGGCACUUGCGAAAGGCCUCAGACUGCGGUCGCGACUGCAUCGUCGUUUGAAGACUACCGACCGCAUGACGCCAAAACAACAAUAACAACAGCCCGUUUGCGCGUCCCAGGAGAAAGAAACCUUCCGUCAAUUUCUUCUCUCGGUUACGGAUCUUCUCCCCUACCACGAUGGCUGACCAAGAGGAAGACUUCUCACAACUGCCGUUGGUCGAUAGAUUCGUGCACAAGAAUUGGAAGGCCCGCAAGGGAGGAUAUGAGGCCGCCGCCAAAGUGUUUGAACUCUCGCCCGACGAGUCGGACCCCGCCUUUCGACCAUUUUUACAAGACCCGGGUCUCUGGAAGUCGGCUGCUGGCGAUUCCAAUGUUGCUGCACAGCAAGAAGGGCUGGCUGCAUUGUGCGCAUUUCUCAAAUAUGGUGGUCAACAGGCUGCCAUCAAAUCCCGGAACUACACACUGCAGCCCCUCUACGAGAAGGGAUUGUCUUCAACGAGACCUCAAGCUAAAGCCAGUGCUCUAGAGGCUAUACUGCUCUAUAUCGAGCUUGACAAAUCCGACCCAGUGAUCGAAGAACUGUUGCCUGCCCUCUCUCACAAGCAACCCAAGAUCAUCGCAGCGACACUUAAUGCAAUCACCUCUAUUUUCCACAACUUCGGUGUUAAGAUCGUCGAACCCAAAGCUGUCCUAAAGGCUUUACCCAAGGUCUUCGGUCACGCGGAUAAGAAUGUCAGAGCCGAAGCGCAAAAUCUCGCCGUCGAAUUGUAUAGAUGGCUCAAGGAGGCGAUCAAGGUCAUAUUCUGGAGCGAACUGAAGCCAGUACAGCAACAAGACCUGGAAAAGCUGUUUGAGAAAGUGAAAGAAGAGCCGCCGCCCAAGCAGGAACGCCUAACGAGAUCACAGCAAGCCGCAUUAGCAACAGCGCCUCCAGCAGCCAGCGGUGCGGACGAUGAAUACGGGGAAGCGGCUGAAGAGGGAGAAGAGGAAGCCGAAAUGAAUGCCUUUGACUUUGCCGAACCCGUUGAGGUCUAUUCGAAGAUCCCCUCAGAUUUCCACGAAAUGGUCGGCUCGACAAAGUGGAAAGAACGCAAAGAUGCUCUUGAUGCACUCUUCAACAUUCUGAACCACCCCAAGAUAAAAGAGGCACCAUUCGACGAUGUAGUUCGUGUCUUCGCAAAGUGUAUGAAGGACGCCAAUAUUGCUGUGGUGACAGUGGCCGCCAACUGCGUUGAGAAGUUGGCAUUGGGUCUUAGGAAGCCCUUUGCCAAAUACAGAUCUACAAUCAUGUCGCCAAUGAUGGAGAGGUUCAAAGAAAAGAAGCAGUCCGUUGCGGACGCUCUAGGAGCUGCACUGGACGCCGUUUUUGCUGCAACAUCUCUCAGCGAAUGCCUCGAGGAGACUUUGGGCUUCUUGCCCAACAAAAACCCCAAUGUCAAGGCGGAAACAAUAAAAUUCCUUGUCAGAUGCCUGCGGACUACCCGAGACGUGCCUUCCAAAGAGGAGCAAAAACGCAUCGCCGACGCAGCUACGAAGCUCUUGACCGAGUCAACCGAAAAUAUCAGAUCCGGCGGUGCUGAAAUUCUGGGGACACUCAUGAAAAUCAUUGGUGAGCGUGCAAUGAACCCUUAUCUAGAUGGAUUGGACGACAUUCGAAAAUCUAAGAUUAAGGAGUACUUCGAUGCUGCCGAAGUCAAAGCGAAAGAGAAGCCAAAGCCUGCUCCAGCUCCCGCUAAAGCGACCUCUGCCGUUGGCAGGAAAGUUGUGGGAGGUUCGAAGAAACCUGCACCCGGGGCAAAGAAGCCAGCACCAGUAGCCACACCUGCUCCCGUCGAGGAACCCACGCCUCUACAACCCAAAUCUACAGGGAAAGCUCUUCCCAAACCAGGCGGACUGGCUCGACCGGGCCUAGCGCAGCCCGCUGGUCUGAAGCUCGGCGGGCUCAAGAAACCUGCCCCUGGCGGUCUUUCGGUGGGUGUUGGAAGCCCCCAGCGGCGAGUCAUCUCACCACCAGCGAGCACAGACGGCGACGAAGAGGCAGCAGUAGUAGUGCCGUCUCCAUCUAAGUUUGGCAUGGGUCGAGGCGGACUUGCUGGCCGACCUUUGUCUAGACCGGCUGUCGCUGCUCCACUAUCGCCUCCAUCGACAGCACCACCAUCAAAUGCGCUUUCGGUGGUGGAGCGAGCAGAGCUGGAGGAAUUACGCGCGGAGAAAGAACGACUCACAGCCUUGACCGACAGUCUUCGAAGCAGCAAUGCCAAACUCACCGCAGAAAUAUCAGAGCUUCAGAACCAGAAUGCACAGCUGAUCGAAGAUCAUACACGCGAUGUUCUGCAGAUAAAAGCCAAGGAGACACAACUAGUCCGGGCGAGAGGUGAAUGCGAUGUCUUGAAAGCAGAGGUCGAGAGUGUUAGGAAAGAAAGCGAGCGUUACAAGCGAGAAGUGUCGCGACUCGGGCGUGAGAGUAUUGGUCGAGAACGAGAGGAUAUGAUUCGUGGCCGAGCAUUGGAUGAAACCUCGACCUUUGGCAGUGAAGGUGGAGCAGGGGGCAUAUACGAAGACCCUUCCUUGAGCAGUCGAUACCCUACGAACGGAAAUGUUCAUGCAUCGCGGCCUACCAGCACAGCAUUGCAUCGCACCGGAAGCUCAGCAAGCACGCAGAGUGGACGGGCACAAUCGCAGGCCAGCAGCGCAAAACCCAGACCGCAGAGCGGAUACACGUCCCAUGGUAAUCGGCUCGACCUCAGUCCUAGUGAGGAGAAAGAAAACAAUGGGCUCGGGAUUGACCCUCUAGGUGCAACGAGGAGAAAAAUCAGUCCGCCUAUGGCAUCUAAUGGGGCUAGUGGGAGGACUAGUCCACAGCGAUCUGGACAUACACCUGCAUACUCCAUGAGCAGAGAGGCUAGUGACUCUGGUCUGUCUGCAGGAGCAGGACCUAGGGAGUCAGGGAGCAGGCCGGAAGAGAAUUGGAAGCGGGCGGCAGAAGUGACGAGCCAGUUGAAAGCGAGGAUUGAAGCAAUGAAGGCACGGCAGGGCUUGUCGCGGCAUUAAUCGGAGCUAUCAUGGGUAACGGAAAGCGAUUCGACUUAGCUGAUUAGGAGCACUGUACCGAUGAUGGAGCAAGCGAGCAAUUCUGUUACUUAUUUUCCUUGGGACUUUUUGGGGUGUCAUACUGUGCUCAAGACAGGGCAUGGCACACACGUGGCGGAGGAGACUUUGGAAAGUUGGUUUGUUUAAUGUACAGUGCGCAGUUCAUCACUCACUGCCUUCGUCGGACGGCCGCGUAUUCUUUGUGGUCUUGUCCCUGGCAUCGACGACCAAAGGGUUCGUUCAGUUGUUUCCACUGGAGCUUUCCAAAUUGGGAGGAGUUGGAGAUAGAGUCGAUUGGCGUUGUAAUGGACCUUUCCCAGGAACGGCCGAGCCAAGUUAGAAUCAAUUGAUACCCAGGGAGACUGUGCCCUCAGACUUUGACAUG